UGCAAGUCACCGCGUGGCCGCGCCCCCUAUGCGACGUCCUUCUUCGCGCUCGGGUCCUGGACGAGUGUGGCGCGGCGGAGCGGCGGAGAGACCAGCCAGGGAAAGCAGGCACUCGGUGGCAGGGAGCAGUUUCUCCGACCCACCGCUAGAGAGCAGCACCCAUGACUACCAGCAGAAAAGCUGUUGGUAAAGAAGCAUGGACGUCGCAAGUGAGACGCUUGAACUUCAAGUAGUGGCGUAAGAAACUGCAAGCACGACACCGAUUCGAUUACAUCUCGAUUCCCUUAUAAAUAUACUUCACAUUCCUCGUGCAUCAUGCCAUCUCACAAUGAACCAGAAUUACCUUCCAAAGCUGGAAAUGGUGGAUCGGCUGAAUCAAGCUCCAGUAGUUCGGCUCAAAAUGAGCCGGAAGCCAACCAGCCCGAGCAUAGUGACAGUGAUGUACAAAAUGAUGGCGAAAAUGAAGACAUGAGUGAUGCAGAAAAUGAAGGCUCUGAUGGUGGAGAAGAUGGAGACGAGGAGGUUCCUUCUUCUGAUGAUGAUAGCUCUGACAUACCCAUGACAGAUUCUGAUUCGGACAUGUCUGAUGCCGAAGUCUCGGAAGAAGACAAUAAUGAAUCUUUUGAAGUGAAACCUGUGCCCCUUCCUGAAGAGUUUUCGGAGCUAGCAGCUGGCCGUGAAGUUGAUUGUGAUGAUGAUGAGGUGGUUCAAGCUAUUCUUCGGGCCCGUGAAAAAAAUAGAAACCAUCCACCUGCAAUUGAAUGUGAAGAUGGAGUUGCAGCUUUGUCAUUCCACCCUCAGGAAGAUAUGAUUGCUGUUGGGACAUUUACUGGUGAUGUAGUUAUAUACAAAUACUCUGAUGAAGAGUGUGAGCUUUUGCACACCCAUGAGUCGCACGUGAAAGCUAUUCGUGAAAUUGAAUUCAGUAAAGAUGGUAAAAAUAUCUUCAGCGCAUCAAAAGACAAAUCCAUUCUUAUGACAGAUGUUGAAACAGGGAAGUUGACGAAUUUAUGGGACCAAGCUCAUUCAUCUCCUGUUCAUUCAUUGUAUGUUCUUGACCAAAAUCGGUUUUGUUCAGGGUGUGAAGAGGGUCAUGUUAAAUUGUGGGAUUCCAGGCAACGUGAACCUGUUUUCUCUUUCCAAGUAAUGCAGGACAUGGUGACUGACAUUAUUUCAACACCACAAUGUAGGCACUUGGCAGUUGCUUGUGGGGGUACAAUUACCUCUAUUAACAUAAAUGCUAAAAAAAUACAAGUUCAGUCUGAGGAGUAUGAACAUGAUUUCACAUGCCUCGGUCUAUUCCGAAUGGAUUCUAAAUUACUAGCUGGUUCAUCAAAAGGUUCUACAUACAUGUUUAAUUGGGGAGAGUUUGGUUACCACUGUGAUGAAAUGCCUGGUUUUAAGCAGCCUGUGAGCUGUCUUUUACCUGUCACAGAGACAGUUGCGAUAACUGGAUGGGAAGAUGGAAAGAUAAGGGCUACUCACUUGUUUCCUAAUCAGUCUCUUGGAAUAGUUGGCCAGCAUGACUUUGCCAUUGAGUGUCUAGAUAUUUCUAACAAUGGCACAAUCAUCGCUUCCUCCGCUGCAGCUGGAGGUUUUGUAAAGUUCUGGAACAUUAAGUAUAUUGAAGAGACCCAAGUUAUCCGAGACAACUUCAACAAGAAGAAGAAAAAGAAGAAGCCAAAACUGAAUGAACAUAAUCUACCUUCCUCUCAAUGCCGUAAUAAAGGUGAAUUCUUUGCUGACCUUGCAGGCCCUAGCUGAUCUCUCUUUUUAGUUGUCAACUCAUUUGUUACCCUUAAACCAGAUGUCUCAUUAAAUUUUGCUGAUAAAAUUAA